GCUUGAUAUCCCGCCGAUAAACGAUAAACGAGGGAAUGGUGUUGUUUGUGAUUCCGAAAUUCGGCAGACCGGGGUUCGAACACCAUUGGGUGACAUCGGCGUACACUCAUUUUUCGGCCCCUGCAACCCGUGUGGGGAAGCUAUGUCAGAACCCCUUGAACGGUGAGGGGUGGGGGCGGGGAAACAUUGCUCGCUGACUCCUUGAGAUUCGGUCAACUACAUCCUUCUGGAAGAGAUGACCGCUGGCUAUUCGGCCAAAAUCCAAAAAUGCAGCUGCCUUACCGCAGGAGUCAAGGUCGUUAUGAGCGAUCAGCAAAUGCCCUCAGGGAUCUGUAGUUGGACCCCGCUUGAUCUUACCGGUGAAUGUUUGCAAGCAACAUGGCACGUUGUUGGAGGCAUAUAACCGGGGUUCACCCGCCUUUGGAUGUCGAUGUUGGUGGCAUUUGAAACGUUUUUCUUAAGACAUAUACCUUCUCCUGGUGGAUGCCAGAAAGUAUUUCCGGUCUUCAAUUAAGCCAUGUCGCGUUUCGCCAAAUCGGCAUUGUGCCUCUUAGCAGCUGGAAUCCCAGCUCUAGCACAAUUUCCCCCCAAGCCGGAGGGGGUCAAAGUUUUGGAAUCUAAGUUUGGUGACGGUGCCAAAAUCACCUACAAAGAGCCAGGACUUUGCGAGACAACUCCGGGAGUGAAAUCGUACUCUGGAUACGUUCAUUUACCCCCUGGUACGCUGAUGGGCCUGCUUGUUGAAAACGGUCCUUGCUUCAUCAAUCCCGAUUCAAACUCAACGACAUUGAACCAAUAUUCAUGGAACAAUGAGGUUAAUAUGCUCUUCUUGGAUCAACCGGCCCAAGUAGGCUUAUCAUACGAUACCCUUGCCAACUACACAAAAAACUUGAUCACAGGUAAGCUCACCAAGUUGGGUCCUGAUGAUCCAAUUCCACAGCAGAAUGCUACGUUCCUGGUAGGGACGUACCCCAGUAAUGAGCAAGAAAACACUGCGCUGGGUAGUCGUAAUGCCGCGAUUGCCCUGUGGCACUUUGCUCAGGUAUGGUUCCAGGAAUUCCCAGGCUACCACCCAGGGGACUCUCGAAUCAGUCUUGCCACUGAGUCUUAUGGUGGUCGCUACGGCCCGGCAUUUUUCUCGUUUUUUGAGGAGCAGAACCAGAAGAUCGAAAAUGGUACUUGGAAAGAUGAUGAUGGCGAUAUGAAAGUAUUGAACCUCGACACUCUGAUGAUCAUUAACGGCUGCCUCGACCGCCAGGUACAGUGGCCCUCAUACCCAGAGUUUGCAUUCAAGAACACAUACGGCAUCGAAUCGGUCAACGAAACGAUUUACAAUUAUAUGGUCGACUCCCUCGUUAAGCCCGGUGGCUGCCGUGAUAUGGUCGAUGAAUGCCGCGCUAUUUCCGCUGUCUGGGACCCGGACAACACCGGCAUCAACGACACCGUCAACGAUGUCUGCAGCAAGGCCGAGAACUACUGCUCUAGCGAAGUCCGCGGGCCAUAUCUUAGAUACUCAGGUCGCAAUUACUACGAUAUUUCACAGCUCGAGCCAGCCGCAUUCCCUACCCCAUUUUACCAGGGUUGGCUGAACCAGGCACACGUCCAAGCCGCACUCGGAGUACCGCUCAACUGGACUCAGUCCAACGCCGCCGUAUCCAAGGCCUUCCGAAGCAUCGGCGACUACCCGCGUCCAGGUUGGAUUGAGGAUCUCGCUUUCCUACUUGAGAACAACAUCAAGGUUGCUCUCGUUUAUGGAGAUCGUGACUUCGCCUGCAACUGGAUGGGCGGCGAGGCGGUGAGUCUCGCGAUCGACUAUGUCGACUCAGAAAAUUUCAGGGCAGCCGGCUACGCCGACAUCCGCGUCAACGACACAUUUAACGUCGGUCAGGUAAGGCAAUAUGGCAACCUCUCAUACUCUCGUAUCCACCAGGCCGGCCAUGAGGUUCCGUCCUACCAGCCCGAGGGUUCAUUGAAGAUUUUCAACCGCGUGCUAUUCAACAAAGACAUUGCCAAAGGUGAAAUUGACACCGCCGUACCGUUGCCCGACGGUGAUGGGAAAUAUUAUAGCUCAUCGGGUCCGCCCGACACGCUCGGCUUCAAACAGGAUCCACCACCGCAAUAUCCUAAGUUCUGCUAUGCGCUUGACCCUGGUGUUUGCACAGAGGAGCAGAUUGAGUCUAUAUUGAAGGGCAAGGCGGUGCUCAAACACUUCCUUCUUGUCGAUCAGAAUACAAGACGGUUGUUCCCCGAGGUGAUUGGGGAUGGCGGCAGUCCCACAUUGCCACCUUCGUCUGGGUCGAGUUUGUUUGUGAAGGGUAUCGGACGACAAGUAGGAUUGUUGGCUAUUCUCACUGUGGUGGUCUCUGCAAUGAUGUUUUAGACCGGUGGUUGAAUCGUAGACAGAUGAGAACCUUACCAUAUAUACGUUAUGACAAGGGGUUGAAUAUUAUUACCUUAUGUAUUUAGAUUGGAUAGAUAACUCUAUUGUCAUUC